AUGGGCGGUGAUCACGGCCACGAAUGGUCCAACAGCUUCUGGGACUGCUGCUCCCCGAGCGGAACAUGCUUCGAAGGAUUCUGCUGCCCAUGCUGUCUUCACGGCAAAACGUCCUCGCGACUCAGAGACCCUGCUUUGAAGAAUGGCAAAUCCAUGAAUGGCGACUGCUGCAUCUACCUCCUAACAGCCUACCUAGGCUUCCACUGGGUCCCCCUAAUGUUCAAGCGCGGCGAACUCCGCGAACGCUUCGGCAUCCAGGGCUCUGGAUGCGGCGACUGCGCGUCGGCCUACUUCUGCCCCUGCUGUUCGCUCAUGCAGCAUGAGAAGGAAGUUGACGAUCAGUCGGGUCGUAUGCAGGCUCCGGGGGGGUAUCAGGCUCCUCCUGGGAUGGCUUAUCAUGCGCAGUGA